GUACACUCACUGCAGAAGCUUUAUUCACGGGUUACUGAUACCAAAAUGCAUUUUACACUCGCACAUACAUAUAUAUAUAUGAGAAUUCAACUCAUCUUAAAACUUGAAAAGUUAAAACGAAUGCCAUACUGUCUUUCUUUGAGAAUAUAGGACCCAGAGUCUGGCCUCGGAGAAGCGAAGCCUUUACUUUGAUGUAACCCCCCUCCAACUGUCUCUCUCGACCAGUACAGUAUCGUCUCGCGUACGUUGGUGAAAACCACUGUUGGUAAGACUGCUGUCAGUAAGUCUCUCACAGUCUUGCUAUCCUUUCUCGUCUACUGGUCCGGUUACAUUUCAUUCUUCAUAAUUCUAACUCAAUUUUAUCUUAGACUAUCGUUCCGUUUUUUUUAUCACGUCUAGCCAACGUCUCUGUUUCUCUCUCUCUCUCUUCUCUCUCUGUCUUCUUUUUUUUUUUUUCUUUUUCUUUCUCGUUACUCUUAUAAUCGCGAGUGUUGGUGAUUUUUGCAUUGGUACCACUAAAAUGUGUACGAAGAGGGUUUAUCAUUGAAAAUUCAGUGUGAAGGAAGGAUGAAGAAUGUCCCGCGUCGGCGAAGACGAAGGCGGAGGCGGCAGCAAUGCGGAGAAGACGGGAAGCAGUUUUGGUGGAUGGUUCGGAGGUGCUGCGAGGGCCAUGACAGGGGGCAGCGGGACUGGCUACGUUGUUCUCGGUGGUCCUCGUUACGGUUUACAUUUAUCUCAAGACAGUUUAGCAUUGAUGAACUCGCGGAAAGAGGGUCAAGAUCGAAGAAGAAAGAGAAAUUCGCGAGAUAGCGAAUCUCGUGAACGAUUAACCGACAGAACAUUAUUAUCAUCAUCAUCAGCAGGUGAAAAGAGUGGAUCGUCGUCGAUUGAAUUUGUCAACAGUGUGACAGAUUGCUGCUGCAUUGGUCCACGAUCGCGACUGCCUCUAUCGCGAAUUCCAUUAUCGUCAAACGUGGGUCCGACCUCUCCUACUUUACCUCAACCUCAACCUCCCACCCGUGUGGCGGCAACUGCGGAUCCAGCGACGCAACUGCCGCCAAACUCAAACUCUAAUAAUAACUGCGGGUGGCUGCAAACGGGUAGCGGCAUCAGUACCAACUUUAACGUCGGCCACAGUCCACACUCACAAUCAUCAGUGCCGAUAUCAUUUUCAUCUUCUUCUUCUUCUACUUCCACCUCUUCCUCACCGACAAUCGUCUCGUCAUCGACGACGACAACGACGACAACGACGACGGCAACGUCAACCUCGCCGGCGAAUACAACUUCAGUAUCGCACUCCGUCUCUGUGCCGCGACAACUCGCUCAAUGGACCAAACAUCAAACUCUUAAACUUCAGGAUCCAACAGUGACAGCAGUGGAUCGACUUCAGAGAUUCCGAUGGAGCGGGGGUGGAGGAGGAAGCGGCAAAAAGUCCUCUUCCGGCCCCCGCAGCGACAAGGCCGAGCGCCUUCGUGAACUGACGGAAAAGCUCAAAGGACCAGCACCCGUCCCACCACCACGGCGACCUUCGCGUGUUCAAACAUCACCACCACCUUCGAGCGGAUGCCAACAAAACCUCUCAUCAAACAAUCCACAGUCUCCACAAUCGGCGGACUCUGAUGAUUGUAAUCGCUACGACGGUCUGCCAACAUGUCGAAGCAACACCUACAGUGAAGGAAGUCAUGUGUCGGGGAAUAAUGCGAAAACAUUUGCCAGAAGUGAAAGUGUCAGUGAAGAAUUUUAUGGUGAUCAAUUGUUGGAACCCAAUAGAAAAUCAUCAGCGAGUGUUGAUUCAAUGGUGUGGGCAAAAAAUGGUUCAAAUUUGAGUAAAUCAAAGCAAAGAAAUAGUGCCGAUGUGAGUGAUAUUGAUAAGUGUAUUUUAAGUGAAACAAACAAUGGUGGAAGGCAUUUGAGGCAGUACAGUGAUUCUUUGGUGGACAGUGCAAAAGGUGUGACAAGACGCGAUUUUCAUGAACCUGUUAGUAACGAGAGCGAGGCAAGAGAUGCGAUCACGAGAUUAGAACCACGUGGGCCCUUUCUCUGCUUUCACAGAUCGAAUACACCUUAUAGAAGUGCUUCAUUUGGACAAGCGGAUUUCAAUCAAGUUUUAGCGAAUCGACAGAAAUUACAAGCGAACAAUUCAAAUGAAACAGAGGAGAAGGAAAUAAAAGCGAGCACUUUGCCAAGACGUCGUGGAGAAGUUAGUAGUCCAGAUGUGUCGACAUCGAGAAACAGCAGUAGUCCAAAUCACCAAAGUCCAAGAGCUUCAACGCCCAGCCUUGAUAGUGCAGUUGGAUCGGCCGAAGGACUUGGUGUACCUCAAAUUGGUCUCAGUGAACUUCGACCGAGAAGUGAUGGCUCCGACAGUCUCGCAACUUCAAGCGCCUUAACGAGUCCCGAACCGCAAGUUCACGAAAUUCCCGAACCACGGAUCGAGUUGGUGCAACCUCAAGUUAACAACGAUUCCCCAUCGGCUAACGAUCGACAUUUCGAAACACGAAUUUCCGAUUCUUUAAUAAAAGAGAUGAGACUGGAACCGCACGAAGUAAUAGUGACACCACCGGCCGAGGAGCCAAGGCUGAGUCAAGCCAGUGAAGGAAGUGAAGCUCCAAGUGAAGCAGCUUCUGAAACCUCUUCGCCUUCAGGCAAAGUGAGAAGAUAUCGCGGAGACACGAGUAAAAGAAGAAAAGGAGUCUACAUAACUCAGUGGCCAGAACCAUCAGACAUCGAUCGGAGCAAACUCGUGGCUCAGAGUAGCGAAGAAAAAGAUGAUCCCCCAGCAACGCCUAGCGAUCUCUCCGAUUGUGAGGGACAAGUUCCCAGAAGAUACAGUAAGAGGCCGUUAAGAGGUCCCUAUGGUCAGAUGCUAGAGGCAGAAAUGGCAAAGCCACGAACAACGGACAUGAGUCUAGAGGAGGGACUACACCCAAGAAGAAAAAUUUCAGCGAAUCUCUCCUUUAAUUCGAGUACAAAUAGCAAUUCCGGACCACCUACGCCCUGCCAUCACAGAACAACAUCCAGUCCCAGUAAAUUGGAAGGAUUACCUGGACCAAGUCCGGAACUUUUAGCAGAACUUCUUCGAGGCUCCUCGGAAAGAGUUGCUCGAGCUCCGGCUCAACGGAAUGAUACAAGAACACACGUUGUCGUUGAACUUUAUGAUACAGAAAGAUCUUACGUCGAGGCUCUACAAAUACUAGUCAAUAAAUAUCUGCAACCACUCAAGAGUCCGGAAAAUGCUGGUCUUGUGGAUUCAGCGACAGUCGAUGAAAUAUUCUAUCAGAUUCCAGCAAUACUCAGUCACCACGAAGUAUUUCUCGAAGAAUUACGAAAACGAUUGGAAACAUGGGAACCUGGACAAACAAUAGGAGAUGUGUUUCUUGACGUGUUUAUGAAACCAGUUGUCCUGGAAACCUACACACUAUUUCUCGAUAAUUGGAAAUCUGCAAAGACAGCCAUUAAAAAUACCUGUCAUUCAAAACCAGCUUUUGCACGAUUUUUAGAGACGAUGGAAAGGGAGCAUAAAGGGAAACUUGGAUUAGAUCAAUUGCUGAUAAAGCCUGUUCAAAAAAUUCCACGUUACGAACUUUUAAUUCAGAGACUAUUGAAACAUACCGAUUCAUCGCAUCCGGAUUAUGAACUUUUGUCAGCGGCUCAAAAAGAAGUUCACGAAUUGGUGGUGAAAAUUAAUUGCACCGAGAGGGAGAGUCUCGAAUGGGAACAACAGCAAACGACUUUGAAAGAAGUUCAGGCACUUGUUGAGGGACUCGCGGGAAUUGUUGCUAAUGAUAGAGCAUUUAUUCGACACGAUCUGGUGACAAUAGCGUCAAAUCAAGGAACUCGAAAAGAGAGGGCCCUAUUUUUGUUUUCCGAUCUUUUAGUUAUAACGAGCAUCAAACGAAGAAGUGGAACGAUAAGAAAGCCAUCAACAAGUUCGUGUCCAAAUAGUCUGGUUGGCCUUUUGGAAGCAAAUAAGUACAAAAUGCUAAUGAGAAUUUCAUUGGAUGAUCUCGAAGUGAUGAAAGCCAAGGAUGAAAAUUUACGAAGAAUGGCACGUGAGGUGGACCAUUUGCGAGAGGAUUGCGCGACAUUAACUCAUCUUCAAGAAUUAUCGAUGUCUUUACAUGGAUCAAAACAACAAUUGGAGGAAAUGAUAAAAGAAUUACUUUGUCAGUCACAGAGACAAUUAGCAGAGAGGAAUGCGGCACAUUCUCAAUUGGCAUGCCUGGAACUCACUCUUAAUACACAAGCAGGAGUCGAGAACAUUUCAAUUAUGUUUACGAAGCCGGACAAACGGGCAAGUUGGGAGGAGAGUUUCAAUGAAGCCAAGCAAAAAUUGGCUUUGUCAGCCGAUCGAAGACCUUGUCCUGAAUUCGUAGGACCUUUGCCAAUUCGAAAGACCCGGGCUGGCCUUCAAUUUACAUGUGCAGCACCCACUUUAGCUAACGAGCAGGGAAUAAGGGAUGUCUGGGUCUGCAAUAGUGACGGUUACGUGGGUCAAGUUUGUGUCUUGAGUCUUAGUCCAGAACCACCACAAGUCACCUCUUGCAAUGGUGUUUGCAAUGCUAGAAUUCUCUGCGUUGCUGGCAUUCCCGCCGCUACUUCUGGAACGUGUUCCCUACCCAACAACAAUACCUUUGUCAAUAAUAAAAGUGGAAUUAGUAUCUCAAUUCAGGACACGGAAACAAGCAGCGGAAACAUUCAACUCGACAGUAGUUCGAGCUCCGAAGAUUCGGAUUCUGACGACAUUCCAUGCGCGGACGCAGCGAGUACCUCUUUAGGUGGUGACGUGUCAAGUAUCGAUGGAGCAACCAUCGAAGAAGACUUUAAUCAGCCAACAAUGUGGCUGGGAACUGAGGAUGGUUGCAUCCACGUCUAUAAUUGUAGCGACAAUAUUCGAAUCAAGAAAAAUAAAGUCAAAAUUCAACACGGCAGUAACGUCAACUGCAUAAUUUAUCUAGACAACAAAGUAUUUGUUUCCUUGGCAAAUGGGGACGUCACAGUGUAUUCGAGAGAUCAAUUGGGAAUUUGGAACACGACAGAUCCUAUGACUGUAUCGGUCAGUACAGACACCUCGCCUGUUACAAAAAUGCUAUCAGUUUCGGGAAAGUUGUGGUGUGGUUGUCACAAUACAAUUAAAGUCUUGAACACUUAUUCUUUGGAUAUAGAACAUACUUUUACUGUUAACAAUGAUGCUAGUCGAACGGUAUCGUGUAUGGCAAGUUCAGGGGGUUUGGGUGUUUGGAUUUCCCUACACAAUAGCGCAGUACUUAAACUUUUUCAUGCAACCAGCUACGAAUGCUUAUCGGACAUCAAUAUUGCCCCGGCUGUAACGAAAAUGCUGUCUAUUGCAGGUUGCGAUGACAUAAUUAGACAACAUAAAGCCGCAUGUCUGAGGGUCACGGCGCUUUUAGCUUGCAACGACUUAUUAUGGAUUGGAACGAGUGCAGGAGUUCUUUUAACAAUGCCUAUUCCUCACAUUAAACCUUCCACGCAAAGAAUGACCCAACUUCCAAUUGUAACAGGCGUUCCUCAUGGACACACUGGCCACGUGAGAUUUUUAACAUGCGUCGAAAUGUCGACACAAUCAAAAAAUGAUACUCGUCCAAAAAUGAGUCGCUACACCUAUGACACGGGCAAUGUUCAACAAAAUAAUAUAAAUCAUGGAAAACUUCUGGUAAUAUCGGGAGGCGAUGGUUACGAGGACUUUCGUGGACCACAAGCGUCAGCUGAACUUCAAGCCGGUCGUGAGGACUCGACAAAUCAUCUUCUAUUAUGGAAAGUUUGAUACACCACAAACCGGCAUAAUGUCCGGAAAAUAAUUUCUGAAUUUCGUCAUGACACGUCGUCGAGUGAAUCGAGUCACGUCGUUUGACAACAAAAGGAAGUCCCAGUGGUUCUUGAUAAAUCCUUGGGAUUACUGAAUUUGCUUCUCGAACCAAUGGAAACAACUUUGCCAUUUGGAGGAAGCGAUUUACUUCCUGCAAAGUUAAAAUGGACGGCCAGUUGGUUGAACAAGGAAAAGAAAAAAGAGAGGAAAAAAAGUUUAGUUAAUGGUUUGGGGUCCACUGUUGAAGUCAAAUCCCUAGCGAAUUUCUUUAUCGGCGAAAAAGAAAGCAAAUAAGGGAAUGAAAGGAGAGGGCUGUAAAUUUUACCCCCCAGAAAAAAAAGAAACAUCCGAAGCUAAUUUUCCAAAGACGUGCGUUUCCCCCAAAAAAAAGAAACUUUACUUCAAGUGAAAUUACAUCCCCAAAAAAAGUUCGAUAAACUCUUCAUUGACAUGACUUAUCAGUAUUUCAAGUAUCGAACUAUUUUUAGAUUCAUACCUUUUUCUUUAUCUCCUGGAAAUAAAUUCAACAAAUAUAAAUUUCCCUUUCUUUUUAUUUGAAAAUUUACGAUUUGGAAAAUUAAUUUACAGCCACCAUUGAAUACUAGGGAAUGUGUUUAUUUUUUGUUCUGAAAAGAAUUUAUCGCACUGCCUGCAAAGAAUUUUACGAUAAUUGUAUCGUUUUUACACAAUUGUUCCUUAAUUAAUGAAAAUCAUCUAGUUCUUCUUAACUAAUUAUUUCUACCAUCGAAUAAAUAAAUACGUGUUUUUUGUGAAAUAAAACUUUGUCGUGCGAACAAAGUUAUUCUUUCUUUUUUGCUAUACGUAUAAAUUUUUGUACAAAAAGAAGCAUUUUAUGAAAGACCUUUCGUAGUGAAAAAAACAAAGUUUUCUAAAAACAAAAACGAAGGGCGAGAAAGCUUUUAAAGCUCUAAAUAAUUGUCUAUUGUGUAUAUUGUAUAACAAUAAAUGUUUCAACUUCUUUAUUCUAAUUAAGAACGAUUACAAAUAAUAAUAAUAAUAAUAAUAAUAAUAUAUACCUUUUUCGACGAAAUUUCAAAAUCAACUGCUGCCUUCAAAUCAGACAAUAUAUACUGUUUUUUCUUCAAUUCAAAUCUCACGCCAUUAUUCAAUCUCUUAGAACAAAAUUAUAGCGAAAUUUAGCGAAAAUUAUUUCCAAAUUCUAGUGAAAUUACUUUUUAAUCUAAAUUAUAUAGUGAAACUAUAAAUUAUAAAUUAUAAAAUUUAUUUAAAAUUUACACGAUUUAAAUCUAAAUUUAAGUGAAACUAUAUUGAUUUAAAUCUAAAAUGCAGUACCUGAAAAAGCGCGCCUAAAAUUCUAAUAAAAAAAAAUGUGCCAAAAAAAGAAGAGUAUAACAGGUAGAAAAAUUGCCUAAGUAGAGCUUUCUUCGUGCAAAUUUUCAUUUUUUUUCUUCAAAAUAAAAAAAGUCAAAGAAUCUUCAGAAAUAGAAAAAUUUAUAAUAGCACAAUUAUUAUUAUAGAAUUCUCUUUAAAAUAAUUAUAAUUAUAAUGAAUUAUAAUUAAUGAAAAAAAAAAUUGUAAAACUGAACAAAAGAAGACUAUAAAUAGCCAUAUAUUAUACAUUUUUAUUCAAUCUGUGUAAAAUAUGAUGACGAUAAAAUUAUAUUUCCAACGAUUCAAUGUUUGUGUCUAAUGAACGAAGUGCAUAUCUGCUAAAUAUAUUUGUACUAUAUACGUA